CUAGAAGACUUGGUGUACGCUGCUUCAUGAAAAGUUUUGAUAAAUAUUUUACUCAAUAUUUUGAUAGCUACAUGUUGUAUUAUUAUGACAAUUGUAUUGAUCAUAUUCUAGAAAUUCAAUGGGAUCCAAACUCUAAUACAGCAGAAAAAGAUGUAUGGAUGGAGUGUUUUUAUAUGAGAGAGGGAUCCGAUCUACAAUACCCUGCAAACAUUAACAAAACCAGACGUUUGGUUUAUUGUAGCAAAGGGAUACAGAAUCCAUUACAUGAUAUAUCAGAGAUGAUUGAAGCUUUCAAACACAAACUACAGAAUAGUAGCAAUUGUUCUACUAUAUUUUACUCUGAGAAAUUUAAUCAAAUAAUGCCUAUCUUAUUACAAAGUUUCUAUGAGCUAAAUAUUGAAGAACGAACAGAUAAAGAGUACAGAAUCAUUGCACGUUCAAUAAAGGAUAGAACCGAAACGGGACAAAUACAAUCAAAAAGAAGAUGUAAAAGAAUUAAAUUUACAAUUGGUAUGAUCGUAAAUAUUCGUACACGUUUAGCGAAACGGUUGGCUGUUUUGCUCAGUGAAAUUAAUUGUUAUACUGGCGUGAUAAUUGGUUGGCAUUAUAACUGCAAAGCUAAAUUAGUAAAAAAAAAAAUGAAUUUUUUAGUCCCACAUUUGACUGAAUGCAACAAUCCUGAAGUUCCGUUUUUACAGGACCGUUUUUUUUGUAUAUGUAGAUGUGAAAAGAGCAUAAGUAGUAUUAAAUUUAAACCACAUUAUAUAAUUCUCGCCGAAAAUAAUAAAUUAUGCUAUUUGCCACAAGAUACUCUAUCAAUAUGUCCACCUAAAUGCAUCGAUAAUUUUGAAAUAGGGCGAUAUUUUUCUAAAUUUGAAGGUACUCAUUACGUACCAAAUGAAAACCUGGCAAAAGAAUAUCCAAAGGAUACUGCUGCUAUUCAUGAUAUACUUCCCAGUAUCUCUCAGCAAUGUGCAUAA